GAGCUUCUGAAAUCUGCUGCUAGACCCUUCUCGUGCUUUAUCUGUUAUGCCUGCUGUGAGGUGCUGCAUACUGCCAGCACAGAGUAAUGGCAGAUAGCUUCAUUUCAGGCUGCUUUAUUAUCACUACAUUUCCUAAGAUUGUUACACUAGAAAGAUGGGUGCUGCUGCCAUGAACAUGGACUUGUAGAUAUAUCUGCCAGAGGAGAUACUAGGGUGACAGUUACAAAAUGGAGAACAGAAUCAUGAACAUUAAAGAAGAGGACUGUGAAUGGCAAUCCGGCCUCUACAGUCAGCCAAUCCUGCGUAUUAAAUCGGAGGACUGUGAAAGGGAGUCAGUGGGCAUUACAGAAGACAUGGAGCAGACUUCUGUGUGUAUUGAUGUACAGAAAUGUGAAAUUACAGACAACCUCAAGGAAGAGGACCUUAAUUCAGAGUCUGUGUUUAAGUAUGAUUGUCGAGAUGGAGAAAUGACUGGAGUAGUCUCCCUACAGGACAGGCACCAUUCUUUGCAGGAGCAUCGUGUUAAUGUCAAAUCUGAAUCAUUAAUGUCUGACACAGGGAAAGUAUCACGGAAUACACUGGAAGAUCAGCCAUCCCCUUCAAGUCCUUGUGGAGAAAAGUUACAAGACAAUGAUCACUUCACUUCAUCCUCAUUUGGGCAGUUCUGUCUUCAAAGAAGAUCACAACAGCCAGCAUAUGAGGAAAACAUCAAGAAACAACAGGUGCAAAAUACAAAUCUGAUGUCUUUGAAUACCUGCCCAGAGUCUAAACAAAGGUUUAAAAGGAAAUUAAAUAAUAAAGAUCCACAAUGGAGCCAUUUGAAACAUAAACCUCAUUCUUGUGCUGAAUGUGGCAAACGGUUCUGCAACACCAGCAAUCUUCGGACACACAUGAGAACUCACACUGGUGAGAAGCCAUAUUGCUGUUCUGCAUGUGGCAAGCGAUUUUCACAAAUGAGCACCCUUCAGAGGCACACAAGAGUUCACACUGGAGAGAGACCUCAUUGUUGCUCUGAAUGUGGCAAACAGUUCUCCUUCAAAGGUAGCCUUAAGAGACAUAUGAAAGUUCACACUAACCAGAAACUGCAUUGCUGCUCAGAAUGUGGCAAAAGAUUUCCUGGAAAUAAAAGUCUUCAGGCACACCUAAGAACUCACAGCGGAGGAAAGCCAUAUUGCUGUUCUGAAUGUGGUAAACAAUUUACCUUCAGCAGCAGCCUUCGGAGACACACAAGAAUUCACUCUGGAGAGCAGCCCUACUGCUGUUCUGAAUGUGGCAAACGAUUCUCCCGCAGUAGCAUUCUUCUGAGUCACUCAAGAAUUCACACUGGAGAGAAACCACAUUGCUGCUCUGAAUGUGGAAAACGCUUUUCCAGGGCUAGUAACCUUCAGGCACAUACAAGAAUUCACUCGGGAGAGAAACCCUACUGCUGUCCUGAAUGUGGCAAACGAUUCACUGACAACAGCAGUUUUCGGAUACACGUAAGAUUUCACUCAGGAGAGAAACCAUAUUGCUGUCCUGAAUGUGGCAAACGAUACUCUACCAGCAGCAAUUUCCGGAUACACACAAGAACUCACUCCGGUGAGAAACCCUACUGCUGUCCUGAAUGUGGCAAACAAUUCUCCACCAGCACCUAUUUACAGAGACACAUGAUAACUCACAUUGGUGAGAAGCCAUAUUCCUGUUCUGAAUGUGGCAAACGAUUCUCAAAGAAAUACACUCUUCAAAAACAUGCAAGAUUUCACAGUUAAGCCUACUAAUCCCUCUGUACUGAAUCAUUGUUGCGAUUAACCAAAAAAUAAUAAUCAUCAAAAAAAAACAGUUGGAUAAAGCUGGAGAGUUGAAUUGUAAGUCUCAAAGUGUCUAAUUUUCUCUUAGAAAGCAGAAAGAAAAACUUAAAAUAGCAAAUGAUUAUUGCCCCAGUUGUACUUAGAAUCAUGGUAUUUAUUAACAGGAAUUUCCUUCUCUCUGUAUGAGUUACUUAAAAAGGCAUUGCUUGGGAUAGGCCUUACAACAAAUUUAGGGGAAAGAAUGAAGAGCAAUGAAAAAAAAAUGUCAGGACAAGAGUGGACCUCUCUCAUUACUCAUGGUAGAGUGCAAACAAAGAGUGAAGAAAUUAGUCUCAGACUAUAAGAAAUGAAAAACAUGAAGCAAAGCAGUCUGGAAUAAACCAGAGGUAAAAUAAAUUGGGUCCAUACUAAUUCUCACGAUGUCCAGACUCCUAUAAGAUAUCUUACCAUUCAUUCCCCUAUGUGAGCUAAAGAAAGUUAUUACUGGACACUGAGGGACUAUUACACAGAACUCUUUACAUAUUUUAAAAGGAUGAGUGCCAAAAACAAAUACCAUGACUAAUGAGCAAGGGUCACUCCUGAUAUGACAGAGCAGAAGCACAGUCACAUCAAGAAAUUAACCCUGUUCUCACUUUUGCAAACAAUUCUCAGAUAGUAGUAUUCAGUGCCACUUAUUUCACACUUUGAGAAGCCAAACAAAGGCACCUCCUAACAAUAACCAUCUAUGGUGACAUGCAAGAACAUUGGAGAGAGAAAUGGGACAAACAAGAGACAGAACAAAUUGAAUAAUGUGGUUUCUCACAGGUGAGACAUUUACUUGGGACCCCAUCUCUUUCCAUUUCAUGUCCUAAGGUGGAGAGACUGGCUGUGAACUUGGACCUUGAAGUCAUAAAGCACAAGCGAAACUAAAGGUAAUCCUCUCUGCUCAAUUAAGAAAAUGAACUUUUGAGCCCAUGCCCCAAGUUUGCAACCAGCUUCUCUACAUGAGAGCAUGCAAUGAAGAGGAACAGGAACCAGCCAUUUCUAGCUAGUGACAUUUAGGGGGCUUGUCCAGGAUCAGUCAGAAGAGGGGCAGCAAGACUGAAAGAUGGAGAGAGAGAGAGAGAGAGAGAGAGACAGUCUGCUGCUGGGUAAUGUGCCACCCUCCCAGUUACAAUUAGAAGUCAGAAGCCUGCUUAUUUACUUGAGAGGUAGCUCGGCUGCGUAAGCUGGUGCCUUCUGAGUCAAUGGCCCUGAAUUGAA